CUUAUAGAGUACAGGGAGGCUUUUCAGCUGUUUGACAAGGAUGGUGGGGGAACAAUAAGCAUAAAAGAACUCAAGCAAGUAUUUGAAGCGUUAGGACAGAGUCCAACUGAGGCGGAAGUCCAGGAAAUGAUAUCGGGCGUCGAUAAAGACGGUACGAAUAUACCGCUAACAAGGAUAUGACCCUUAAAAGUAUGGAGAAUGAUUCUGGGGUUUACUUAAAGUUAAGGCGGUACGGAUAGCCCGCCUACAGUGGAUAUGUCUUGAGAAGUACAGGGAAUGAAUGAUAUUUGGGGUAGAUAAAUACUGUAGGUAUUAAGCUCGCUAACCAGGAGUAUUACCUUGGAAGUAUAAGGAAUGAUGGGGUGUAUCAAGGCGGUAUGGAUAGCCCGCCUGCAGGGGAAAUAAAAUACCUGGGAAGCACAGUCAAUGAAAUAUGGGGUAGCUGAGGACGAUACGUGUAGCCUACCAAGAAUGUCUACCUUGGAAGUACAGCGAAUGGUAUUUUUGCAGUGAAAUUUCGUUCCAAUCGUCUGCACGUUUCUCCUACACUGGGAACUUCUUUUUCGAUUUUCAGUUUUAAAUACAUAUAGACAAUUUAUUUAAGGGGAGGGGACAGAAAUAUCCGCACGAACUACAGACAAAAGACAGCGACCGUAGUAAUAAAGCAACUGUGACUCAGUACCUACAGAUGAAACAAACGCAUCCCUAAGCCAGAGCUAUGAAAAUCUGAUGAAAUACAUGAUCUUCCCGAAAAGAGGUGUUUAAUCGUCUGCAUAUUUAUGUGGCAAGCAUACAAUACCCAUCGUUAUAUUGCAUGAUUAUGACCUUUACAGGAGUUCAGUAUAGGUACUUUAUACACUGAUUUACGGAACCCAUAUGGGGAGCAUGAAACCAAAUCAUGGUUUUGAGUCUGAUGUUGAAAAACAACUGAGUAGUGGCGAUUCGUCCCUGUUGAAUCACCGUCAAUUUAUAAUUAAUUUCAUUUCACGACAUUUUAACACAAAACGACUAUACUAGUUCAGAGUAUGCCAGAUUAUGGGGAUAGGAUGUCUUAAUACAACGUCAAGACUGACAAUAAUGAAAUAUUUUCCAUGAAAACAGGUUAAUCAGUUUGAGAAUUAAAGGCUGCAAUAAAAAUACAAAGCUUCGAGACACUUUGGCGUUAAAAUGUUUUCCUUCUCAGUGAAGUCUAAAGAAUAUAGGAGGCAGUAAAAUAGGGUUUGAAACCACACAUCAUCAAAACUGGGCAAGCCUUUUAGACUCGUUUCUUGAGUUAACUUUAUUUCAAUCAUUCCUUCCCCCAGGAAGUGGUGAGAUAGAUUUCGAUGAGUUUUUGCAGUUAAUGGCCUCCAAGCAAGCCAAUAUGACGAUGGAAGACGAGUUGAGGAAUGCGUUCAAUGUAUUUGAUAAAGACGGCAGUGGUUACAUCUCGUCCGACGAACUCAAACAGGUCUAUAGUCUCUUAAAAAUUACGAAUUAGCACCAUAAGAAUCAUCACUAAUCAUCAUCAUCAUCAUCAUCAUCAUCAUCAUCAUCAUCAUCAUCACAUUAUCUUCCGGUAGACGCAAUUAUCUUGGAGGAAUGGCGUAAACACAACGUCUAGCGACUUUUCUUUCUCUCAGAAGUUGGAUACUGAUCUCAAUAAUUCAACUCCAUGAAGGUUCGCCUACACUUGACAAUAGAGUGAAUUGGGUUAGUACUAACCACGAUAAAGUUCAAACAACGCUAUAUCACUUGGUAAGAGGUUUUAUUAAGUUGGUGUUGUUGUUGCUUCAGGCUAUAGAGGACUUAUGCCUGUGCCUAUUUUUUGCAUAUGGGGUUCCUCAAGUAAAAGUAGAGUUCCCUGUUUUUUAGUGACGUAAGCACCUAGGACCCUCCCUGGAUGAGUUGCGUGACCAUCGCUGGGCUACCCACCCUCGUCCCCAGGGUCUUUAAUCUCCAAGAGGAUGAACUCUGGGAAAAAAAAAACACCCUAGAAACGAAGUAUGAGGGACCAUUCCCAGCAGAACGUCGCAGGUACUAAAUUGUACACAAACCUUGUUUGAUGCAAAAUAAGUUCUUAGUCAGAGAAAAGGACUUUGGGUAGCUUCAACCCGUACCUACUAGCCACAACCUUAAUUACGACGAACAUUUAAUUUUAGUAUCUGAAAAUCUGGAGGCAAAUACUCGGGUACAAAAAUAUCAUCUUUGGAAGGUUUUCCGGUUUUAGAGGUUUCUUCAACGCAGAGCGUCGCAAAUAAUAAAGUUGUGCUGUGAACUUUCAGGUUAUGACUAAUCUGGGUCAAUCGCUGACAGACGAAGAAAUUGAUGAAAUGAUGAAGGAAGCUGAUUGCGACUCGGACGGGCAAGUCAGCUUUGAAGGUAAGUAA